AGUUUUAACCCUCAUACAUACAGUCAAAGAUGGCAGCAUAGUACAAACAUGAUUAGUCUGUUGCUAGCUUUGUUGGUGUUGCUGGGAGCUGCAGAUCGUUCUAACAGUCUGUGUUGUAGCUUCAGUGUGGGGUGUGAGCAGGAGACCAUGUGUAAUCCAACCACUAGAUGGAGCCUUCUGUUAUGUCGUCUCAUGUACAGUCUGAUCAUCAGAGUCGCAGUGAGAGAAAGCAAUGAAGUGAAAUAUAACAUCAAGCAGACAGACAGGGCAGGCAGAGAGCAGUGAGGAAGUCAGUGAGACAGUACAGACACAGUGAGACAGGAGAGUGAAGCAGUGUGACUGAGCCGCUCAUCAUCACUGACCAUGGGGAUGCUGAGGACAUCACUGGCCUUUCUUCACCUGGCUACCUCUCUGGCGCAUUUCAGAUCAGCAGCAUCAGCUCUUUGCACUGUCCCUGCUACACUGGACGCUGCACAGACCUCACCGUGGACAGGUCCCUGUGCCGUGUGAGGAGAAGAUUGUCCGCCUGGAAGCUGAGAUCCAGGGCCUAAAGAUGGUGAUCGACAACCAGCAUCGUUACAUCCAGGACCUCCACAACAGCCAGGCCCAACGGCUGGAGCUCAUACCCAACUCCCACCUGGGCCCAGAGAACCUCUACAGAGACUGCUCCGAGGUGUUUGCAGAUGGUAACGUGGCCAGUGGGCUGUACGUGAUCCGUCCAGACGGCUCUCCCACUGCACUCAGUGUCUACUGUGACAUGAACAAUGGAGGAGGAUGGACCGUCUUCCAGAGGAGGAGAGACGGCACAGAAAGCUUUGACAGAGCAUGGGUGGAGUACAAGCACGGAUUUGGAGACCUCUUCUCCCCUGAUGGAGAAUUCUGGCUGGGCAAUGAACCUCUACACUAUCUCACCUCACAAGGAAACUAUGACCUACGCAUCGACAUGGAGGACUUUGAGGGUAAUCAGCGCUACGCAGAGUACAAGAACUUCAAGGUGGACGAUGAGAAGGACCAGUUUCAGUUACAUUUGGGAGAGUACACUGGGAACGCAGGGAAUGCCCUAGCCGAUGUCCGAGGCCCUCGUCCAGCUGGCCAGAAAUGGGCCGGUCCAGGCUCAGGGUCAACCAGGGUCAAAUUCAGCACGUACGACCAGCUGAACGAUGAAAGCGAUGAUAAUGCCAAGUGUAUCAGACACACCAAGGCAGGCUGGUGGUUCAGCAAGUGUGAUGCAGGAAACCUGAACGGUCACUACUACAAAGGACCAUACCAAGCCAUGACUGAUGACGGGGUGGUGUGGUACACGUGGCACGGUUGGUGGUACUCCAUCAAGUCCGUGGUCAUGAUGGUGCGAGCCGCCGACCUCGAGCAUCCACCUCCAAUCCUCGCCCCGUUACCGGGACAACUCGACCCCAGCAAAGUGGCGGGCGGUGUCAUUCGUCCUCAGGGCCAAUAGGCUGAAAAGCUUUUUAAAUAUCAACUUAAUUCACAUCACAGAGCAUGAGCCUGUUCACACUGUGACAAAAAU